AUGGCGCGGCUGAUGAUUUCGACGUUUGUCAUAUCGCUGGCGAUCUUCUCCGUGCUGUCGGAGGCGAAGUCCCGGGAUCCUUACAAGGUAUGCUCGGGGUUUAAGGAUGAUCCCCUCCCGCUUGAUUUAUCGUCGUUUUCAGCAAAUUUUUGCGUCCCAAUUCCUUCUGUAGCUCAGAAGGAUGAAAGAGUUUAUCAUUCAAUCGGAUCGACGCGGUUGUCAAUUGUUGCUCCUGCGGAUAUCGUGGCGCCUCGAAUUUUUUUUUACACUCGUUUAUCGGAGCUCUCUUGCGUUAGGAUUUAGCUUAUUAUUGAACUUUCUUCGUAGCUGUGGGCGAAUACGGAUAUUUGUCGCGACUCUAAUGCUGCCGCUUCUUUCCUAGUUUUUAGGUUACAGUAGUGAUGUUCAAGAUGCGUUUAGGUUGUUGGACUUGUGUAAUUUCAUCUCUGUUAAUUGUAUUGACAAAAUAGAAAACUGCAUUUGAGGAUGAGGGAAGGAUAAUGAGAAGCUUUCACGAUUACCUUGACGGCUAGACGGUCUUCUCGUUUGCUUAGGAUUGACGCUUUUCGCAGACAUGCUCUAGUGGCUUUAACCUUGCAAACUGUUUGGAAUUCGCCUUCGACAUCGGUGGUUUUUCCACCACCAUACCGUAUGGUUUAAAUUUAGUAAUCCUUUCCGUGGAAAAAAUGGAGCUACUGUGCAAAUGUGGAUCAAAGUUUUCGAAACGGUAAAACAAAAUUAUCCUGGGAAAUAGGCAUGAUGCCAAUCGAGACCCAGAAAACUGCGUUAUUCAAAAUCUUAGAUUUAUUAUCUACGCAAUUUGUAGCUUUCUCAUUCAGUUUGGUUCAUUUCAUCGUCCCUACUCUCACAAAUUCUACAUUUUGUAUUUGCUCUUGUUUUUGUCCACGAGAGAAGUGAAUUGGUGUUCUUAUCAUUAUUUUAUCCCAUAUGUAUAGGCGUAAGGCGUUGAUAGCAGUGAGUUCAGAAGGGAACCUGAUUAUGAUUCCAAACACUGAUUGAUUUAACAUUCUGUUGCAUGUUUUGGACGUUUCAUGAAAAUUUAUCACGCCAAGCUUUUGUUUGUAUUAGUUGUGUUGUUCCAAUGCCUAUAACAUUGAAGUGUUGACAGGUCCUCGGAGUCUCCAGAGAUGCUAAUCAACGUGAUAUCCAAAAGGCUUUCCACAGGUGUGAAUUGUUAAAUAAUCAGUUUUUUUUUCACCUAUGAAUUAUAGGUUAUUAUACGUACUAGGCCUUGAAAAGUUUUGAGAAGCUUCAUGCUCCCUUUUUUAAUGCCAAUUAAAGAUUCAAUCCGUAUUUUUUGUUUUCCAUUUCUUUGUCCAUCUAUUCACAGGCUCUCUCUUCAAUAUCACCCUGAUAAAAACAAAAAUAAGGGUGCACAAGAGAAAUUUGCAGAUAUAAACAAUGGUAUGCAUUAUGUGUUAUCUUUUUAGUUAUCUUGUUGCUUUUACGAGCGAAAGUACCACCUGGGCUUGCUAAAUUUUAAAUAUAUACGCUGCAGCAUAUGAAAUUCUGUCUGACGAAGAGAAGAGGAAGAAUUAUGACCUCUAUGGAGAUGAGAAAGGGGCACCAGGGUUUGAUGCGGGGAACUUUGGUGGUGGGAACUAUGGAAAUCAUGAAGGCUACACAUACUUCACUAGUGGUGGUCCUGGAGACACUCGAUUCAACUUUAGACCGGAUGGAUGGGAAAUGGGUGGGCAGCAUAAUCCCCAUUCUUUCUCGUUCUCCUUUGGUGGUAACCCUAGUGGAGAUAGUGGUUCAUUUGAUUUUGGCCUCAACGACCUUUUCUCCAAUUUCUUUGGCGGUAACUCAAAAAGUGGGAGCCAGUUUGGGGGCUUCAGCAGUUCAUCCAGUGCUGAUACUGGUACCACUUCUCCUGGAAGUAUAUCGGACAUCAACUCUCAGACUUUCAAGAAAGAAAUAGUAGAUCAGGGUUUGACCUGGCUUUUACUGUUCUACUCACCCACAGCGAAGGGCUAUCGCAUGUCUGAAUCCAUCAUACAGGAUAUCGCCAAUUCACUACAAGGAGCUCUCAAGGUACAUAACAUACUGCGUGGCUUUCAAAGUGAUGCUUCAUUUGUUUCAACAAGAAUGAACUAAACAGACGAUGCUUAAUUUUUUUUCAAAAUUUUGAGUACUUGCCGUUUAUCCAUCCCCCCCCCCCCGUUUUCCAGGCUGGCAGAGUAAAUUGUCAAAAAGAGCAGGCUCUUUGCAACGAGCUUGGCGUGUGGCCUUCCAAAGCUGUCAGAGUUUUUGUUUAUUCUUACAGAACUGCUGAAAAGGGCGAAUUGACUGAGUACUCUGGCGAAUUAAAUUCCAAAUAUUUGAAAACUUUCUGCCACGAUCAAUUACCAAGGUUCUCAACGCGGCAUACCUUGAGUGGGUUUGACUUCUUUUCGACCUCAAGAGAAAAACUACCGCAGGUGUUGCUACUUUCAACCAAGAAAGAAACACCCAUAAUUUGGCGCGUCAUUACUGGCCUGUACCGCAAAAGAUUUAAAUUUCAUGAUGCACAGGUUGGUCAAGGAUCAUGUUUUCAGCUGUUUUGUAUUAAUUUUCUUAGUAUUUUAGGAUGACCAUUUUCUCGUACACGUUUGCAGGUGUUAGACGUCACUGACGAGAGGGUGAAAAGAUUUAAGGUCGAUGCACUUCCAGCUAUCGUUGGGAGGUUUUCUAACGGAGAAGAGUAUGUUCUGAAGGCAGGAAUCACCAUAAAAGAUCUGAGCACAGGAAUUGGUGAGAUGAAAGCAUUGCUCAAUAAAUUUGAGAGGCAGAAUAAAAACAAAGCUUCAGGUCCGGGGAAGGAAUCAUCUCAAACUGAGGCACACGAUAUGUCCAUACCUCAUCUAACAAGCUUAAAUAUGGAGAUGAUGUGCGGUGAGAGCACACCCCUUUGCAUAAUCGGUGCAUUCAGGUCAUCCAAGGCAAAGGAUAAGAUAGAACCCAUUCUCUCUCUUGUAAGCCCUCUCUCUCUCUCUCUCUCUCUCUCUCUCUCUCUCUCUCUCCAGGACAUUAUUAUAUCUACCUAUCUCUCACACACUCACUUUUAUCCAUCAUGGUGAAUCAUUGCGUCAUUAGUCAAUAUUCCAGUUGACUCUCCAUACCUUUCUAGUCUUCAUUAAUCAGAACGAGGCUCACUUCCUCUGCAACUACAUUCUUGCACCAGAUCUCCCAGAAGACUUUGACGAGGAGACGGAAUCAACCUCAAGCUUUGAGGGACUCAAUCUCUUACUCCCUGUUAGAUGCCACAAAGCAGAGAAAGUUCCUCGAGUCCUUCGAUGAUUCUGGCUACAGAAGCUCAGACAAGCUCUUGCUGGCCUACAAACCCCGCAAGGGAAAGUUUGCUGUUCUACUGACUAGCGAAUUGACGUUGGAAGAAGCGGAGGAGUUCAUCGGCUCUGCUCUGAACGGAGAUAUCCAAUUUUCAAAGAUCAGACGCAGGCCCACUGUCCAAUGA